ACAGUGAUUUACCAGGAGGUACCUCAGUGACUUUGUUGACUGUGAUCUGCUAAUACAGGGUCUCACCAUGGACCUGUACAAACUAGCUUUCGUCUUGGGAGCCCUGAUCUGCACUGGAAGUGCUACUGAGGUGGACAGCUACACCAAAAUUGAAAGAGCACAGAUUCGCUCACUGCAGAGAAAAUAUUACUCAGUAAACAAUCUGACUGAGUGUGCCAUCAAAUGUGACACUGAAACUUUCUUCACAUGCAGGUCUUUCACGUAUAGUGAAAGGGACGACCAGUGUUGGACAUCACCGGAAAACACUAAAACAGGGAUGAUUGAGCGUGGAAAAACCUCAACAUUAUAUGAAAAACAAGAAUACAGCCUGGAGUGCACAUAUGGAACAGGAAAAUAUUACAGAGGAACACAGUCCAAAACAGGAACUGGAAAGACCUGUCAGAGUUGGUCAGCAAGAUACCCACACACACCCAACUACACACCGGAGGAAUAUCCCAUGGCAUACCUGGAGUCUAACUUCUGCAGAAACCCCAAUGGAGACCGCGGGGGAACCUGGUGCUACACCACUGACCCAGACACUCGCUGGGAACACUGCAAUAUAUCCCGCUGCACUGAUGAGUGUAUGCACUGCACUGGUGAGGACUACAGAGGAAACAUCUCCAUCACAGAAAAACGGCACAUGUGCCAACGCUGGGACUCACAACUACCACACAGCCAUGUAUUCAACCCCAGCAUGCAUCCAGAAAUGCAUCUUGAACAGAACUUCUGCAGAAAUCCCGAUGGAGGCCGCCAACCGUGGUGCUACACCACUGACCCAUCCAUACGAUGGGAGUACUGCCUUAUACCCCGCUGCAAAUCUGAGCCCCCUACCAUCAUCCCAGAGCUGACCUGUGCCACUGGUAAUGGUGAGGCAUACCGAGGCACGAUUGCUGUGACUGAAUCUGGCAAAACGUGCCAGUACUGGUUUGAUCAAAGCGAACACACGCCACAGAGCUAUCCCUGCAAGGGCCUGGAUAUGAACUACUGUCGUAACCCCAACAAAAAGGAAAGACCCUGGUGUUACACCACUGACCCAGAAACUCCCUGGGAGUACUGCGAUGUGCCGAACUGUGAGGAUGGAGAUGGAACAGAGAGCCCCAGAGAGGAGGAAGACUGUUAUGAGGAGGACGGAUCAAGUUACCGUGGCAUAACAUCAGAGACCAUCAGUGGAAAAAGAUGUCAAGACUGGAGCUCCAUGACCCCUCACAGCCACAAUUAUACUCAACAGAACUACCCCAAAGGAGACCUCAGGAGGAAUCUGUGCAGAAACCCUAAUGGAGACCGAGCUCCCUGGUGUUACACUAUAGACCCCAGUGUCCGCUGGGAAUACUGCAACAUGGAGCAAUGCCCCACCAAUACUUCCGGAGGUACACCCACAAGUGAACCUCCUACUCUUGAAACCCCUUCUACUGCGAUUCCACAACCUAAAGACUGUAAGUUUGGAAAUGGAGAAACAUACCGGGGUCCAACAUCAGUCACCUCUCAGGGUCUGACCUGCCAGGCCUGGAGUGCUCAGAACCCUCACCGCCACAAGAGUUUCACCCCAGAAACUCAUCCUGACGAGGGUCUGGAGGGAAAUAGCUGCAGAAACCCAGAUGACAACGUGAGCGGACUGUGGUGCUACACCACUGACAUUAACACGAGAUGGGACUACUGUGGCAUCCCAGACUGUGAGAAAUUGAAAUGUGGGAUGCCAGUUUUCAAACCAAAGCGUUGUUUUGAUCGGAUCGUCGGAGGCUGUGUGUCUAAACCUCACUCAUGGCCCUGGCAAAUCAGCCUUCAGGGUAGAACUGGGGAGGGGCAUAUAUGUGGAGGAAGUCUGAUUGACCCUCAGUGGAUCCUCACUGCUGCACACUGCCUGGAAAAGUCCGAUGACCCUGCAUACUACAAGGUAGUCCUGGGUGCUCACAAAGUGGAAGAAAAUGAGACAUUGCAGCAGGAGAGGGAUGUGGAGAAACUGAUAAGGGGACCCAACGAAGGUGACAUUGCUCUAUUUAAACUGAAAAGACCUGCACAAAUAAAUGACAUAGUCCGGCAAGUUUGUCUGCCAGAGAAGGACUAUAUUGUUCCUAACCGAGCUGAGUGUUAUGUUACUGGAUGGGGUAAAACCAAAGGUACAGGAGGUAAGGGCUUCCUGAAAGAAGCUGGAGUCCCUGUGAUCGAGAACAAAGUCUGCAGUCAGCCAUCACUUAUGAACCGCAUAAUCAAAGACAAUGAGAUGUGUGCUGGAUUCAUUGAGGGAGGAAAUGACAGCUGCAGGGGUGACAGCGGUGGUCCUCUGGUGUGUGUUAAGCAGAACAGGUUCAUCCUGCAGGGUGUGGUAUCAGAGGGUGUGGGAUGUGGCACUGCCACAAGACCUGGCAUCUACACUCGAGUCUCCAAAUUUGUGGACUGGAUCAACCAUGCCAUCAAAGAGACUCUCAGCAACUUUGUUGACUGUGAUCUGCUAGUACAGGGCUUCACCAUGGACCUGUACAAACUAGCUUUUCUCUUGGGAGCCUUGAUCUGCACUGGAAGUGCUACUGAGGUGGACAGCUACACCAAAAUUGAAAGAGCACAGAUUCGCUCACUGCAGAGAAGAUAUUACUCAGUAAACAAUAUGGCUGAGUGUGCCACCAAAUGUGACAGUGAAACAUCGUUCACAUGCAGGUCUUUUACAUAUAGUCAAAGGGACGACGAGUGUUGGACAUCACCAGAAAACUCUGAAACAGGGAUGGUUGAGCAUGGAAAAAGCACAACAUUAUAUGAGAGAAAAGUAUACAGCCUGGAGUGCACAUAUGGAAUAGGAACAUAUUACAGAGGAACACAGUCCAAAACAGGAACUGGAAAGACCUGUCAGAACUGGUCAGCAAGAUAUCCACACAUGCCCAACUUCACACCGGAGGAAAAUUCCAUGGAAGCACUGGAGUCUAAUUUCUGCAGGAACCCCAAUGGAGACCCAAAGGGACCCUGGUGCUACACCACUGACUCAGACACCCCCUGGGAACACUGCAAUAUAUCAAGAUGCAUUGAUGAGUGUAUGCACUGCACUGGUGAGGACUACAGAGGAAACAUCUCCAUCACAGAAAACAAGCACACGUGCCAACGCUGGGACACCCAAGAACCACACAGCCAUGUGUUCAACCCCAGCAUUCAUCCAGAAAUGCAUCUUGUGGAGAACUUCUGCAGAAAUCCCAAUGGAGGCCGCCAACCGUGGUGCUACACCACUGACCCAUCCAUACGAUGGGAGUACUGCGUUAUACCCCGCUGCUCAUCUGAGCCCCCUACCAUCAUCCCAGAGCUGACCUGUGCCACCGGUAAUGGUGAAGCAUACAGAGGCACAAAUGCCAUGACUGAAUCUGGCAAAACAUGCCAGUACUGGUUGGAUCAAAGUGAACACACGCCACAGAACUAUCCCUGCAAAGGCCUGGAUAUGAACUACUGUCGUAAUCCCGACCAAAAGGAGAGACCCUGGUGUUACACCACUGACCCUGAAACUCCCUGGGAGUACUGUGAUGUGCCGAGCUGUCAGGAUGGAGACGGACCAGGUAUUACAGUGAUCAGUGAUGAGCCCCAGGGAGAGGAGGGCGACUGUUAUGAGGAGGACGGAUCAAGUUACCGUGGCAUAACAUCAGAGACCAUCAGUGGAAAAAGAUGUCAAGACUGGAGCUCCAUGACCCCUCACAGCCACAAUUAUACUCAACAGAACUACCCCAAAGGAGACCUCAGGAGGAAUCUGUGCAGAAACCCUGAUGGAGACCGAGCUCCCUGGUGUUACACUAUAGACCCCAGUGUCCGCUGGGAGUACUGCAACCUGGAACAAUGUACUCCUCAAACACCCUCUACUGUGACUCCACCACCAAAAGACUGUAUGAUUGAAAAUGGAGAAACAUACCGGGGUCCAACCUCAGUCACCUCUCAGGGUCUGACCUGCCAGGCCUGGAGUGCUCAGAGCCCUCACCGCCACAAGAGUUUCACCCCAGAAACUCACCCUGACGAGGGUCUGGAGGGAAAUAACUGCAGAAACCCAGCUGAUGAUGUGAGCGGCCCGUGGUGCUACACUACUGACAAUAACACGAGAUGGGACUACUGUCACAUCCCAAAUUGUGUUGAAUCGAAAUGUGGGACACCAUUCUUCAAACCAAAGCGUUGUUUUGAUCGGAUCGUGGGUGGCUGUGUGGCUAAACCUCACUCGUGGCCCUGGCAAAUCAGUCUCCAGAUCACUGGGGGAAUUCAUCACUGUGGAGGAAGUCUGAUUGACCCUCAGUGGAUCAUCACUGCUGCACACUGCCUGCACAUGUCCGAUGACCCUGCAUACUACAAGGUAGUCCUGGGUGCUCACAAAGUACGAGAAAAUGAGACAUCACAACAGCAGAGGGAUGUGGAGAAACUGAUAAGGGGACCCAAUGAAGGUGACAUUGCUCUCCUCAAACUGCAAAGCCCUGCACAAAUAAAUGACAAAGUCCUGCAAGUUUGUCUGCCAGAGAAGGACUAUAUUGUUCCUAACAGAGCUGAGUGUUAUAUUACUGGAUGGGGUCGAACCGAAGGUACGGGAGGUAAUGGCAUCCUGAAGGAAACUGGAGUCCCUGUGAUUGAGAACAAGGUCUGCAGUCUUCCAUCGCUUAUGAACCGCAAAAUCAAAGACCAUAAGAUGUGUGCUGGAUUCUUCGAGGGAGGAAAUGACAGCUGCGAGGGUGACAGCGGUGGUCCUCUUGUGUGUGUUGGCCAGAGCAAGUUCAUCCUGCAGGGUGUGGUAUCAGGGGGUGUGGGAUGCGGCAUUCCAACAAGACCGGGUAUCUAUACUCGAAUCUCCAAGUUUGUUGACUGGAUCAACAAUGCCAUCAAAGAGAAUUUACAGGGCUUCACCAUGGACCUGUACAAACUAGCUUUCAUCCUGGGAGCCCUGGUCUGCAUUGUCAGUGGUACUGAGGUGGAUGGCUACACCAAAAUUGAAGUGCCACAGAUCCUUGUGUUUAGGAGUAAGGGGUACUCAGUAAACUCUGUGGCUGAGUGUGCCACCAAAUGUGACACUGAAACAUCCUUCAAAUGCAGGUAUUUCAUUUAUAAUGAAAAGGACAGAGAGUGUAUACACGACAACGGCGAGAACUACAGAGGAACCAUCUCUGUUACAGAAAACGGUUUCACCUGCCAACACUGGGACUCCCAGAUACCACACAAUCAUAAAUUCAACUCCAGCACCUCCCCUCCGCCAAUGAGACCGCGGAACUGCUGUUGGUUCCUGGUCCCGUUCUGCACUCUUGCGGGCCGCCGCUCACUACACCUCCGCAGCCAACCGUCGCCGCUCCCAGGCUCCUCCUUACCGGAUAAGCAUCUUGUGGAGAACUUCUGCAGAAACCCAGAUGGAGAGCAGCGACCAUGGUGCUACACCACUAACCCAUCCACACGUUGGGACUUCUGCUCCAUACGCCGCUGCAUAUCCAAGCCUUCCACCAUUGUUCCAGAGCUGACCUGUUUCACUGGAAAAGGUGAAGUAUACCGAGGCUCAAUUGCUGUGACCACAUCUGGUAAAAGGUGCCAAAGGUGGUCGUCUCAGAGGCCACACCAACACAGCCGCACGCCAGAAAACUACCCCUGCAAAGGCCUGGAAAACAACUACUGUCGUAACCCAGACAAUGAGGAGAGACCUUGGUGUUACACCACUGACCCUCAAAGUCGCUGGGAGUACUGCGAUGUGCCGAGCUGUCAGGAUGAAGCUGGAGGAGAUGAGUGUAUACACUGCAAUGGUGAGAACUACAGAGGAACCAUCUCUGUUACAGAAAAUGGCUUCACCUGCCAACGCUGGGACUCCCAGGAACCACACAAUCAUAAAUUCAACUCCAGCACUCAUCCAGAUAAGCAUCUUGUGGAGAACUUCUGCAGAAACCCAGAUGGAGAGCCGCGACCAUGGUGCUACACCACUAACCCAUCCAAACGUUGGGACUUCUGCUCCAUACGCCGCUGCAUAUCCAAGCCUUCCACCAUUGUUCCAGAGCUGACCUGUUUCACUGGAAAAGGUGAAGUAUACCGAGGCUCAAUUGCUGUGACCACAUCUGGUAUAAGGUGCCAAAGGUGGUCGUCUCAGAGGCCACACCAACACAGCCGCACGCCAGAAAACUACCCCUGCAAAGGCCUGGAAAACAACUACUGUCGUAACCCAGACAAUGAGGAGAGACCCUGGUGUUACACCACUGACCCUCAAAGUCGCUGGGAGUACUGCGAUGUGCCGAGCUGUCAGGAUGAAGCCAGACCAUAGCUAAUUAGUGAUGAUCAUUUCUUACCCAUUUAUGGAAGUUUUAAAGGGGUAUUUCGCUGAUCUCCCAUUUUGUAUUAUCAAAACAAUGUUGGUAUUAUGUGUAGAUGAAUUGUGGUAAACUUUUCUCCAUAUAACCACAGUUAAACCCUGCUGGAUGACUUAUUUCUUAUUACUUACUUAUUUCAUUCAGUUGUUCUGCCAACAACUCGGACACAAAUGGUCUAGCAUCAGAUAAAGAGAUAUACCUGCCCCUUUCUUUCUCUCUCUAAAUCUUGGACUGAAAUUUAAUCAAAUGUUAAAACUUGGCAGCACUGAUUAAACAUUGUUCAAGAUUA